CCAGUGCUCACUCGCUGAUCAUCAUCGACCAUGAAGGCCGUCGCUGUUCUGCUGUUUGCCAUGGUGGCCACCAGCCAGGCUGGUCUGACCUACCUGAGGUCGGCCCCUUACACCCAUCUGGGCUACGCCGCCCCUGUGGCCUACGCUGCCCCUGUGGCCUACAGCGCGCCGGUCGUCUACUCGGCCCCUAAGGUCCACAACGUCAAGAUCGACACCCCCGUCAUCACCAAGGCUAGCCUCAGCGUGGUCACUGACGCCGACAAAAUCUCCACCACCGAGAUCAAGCCCGUGGCUGGCUUUGCCCCCUACUACUUCUAGACAUUCUGCUCUUGUAGGAAUGUGCUGUUGGGCUAUUUGAUUUUCACAUUUGCUAUCUCUCUGCCGACAUCCCACCCAUAAAGUUUUGAAAUACAUCAUCACUAUCGUC